AUGGUCAACCUUUCCAUUCUCGUUUCCUCGCUCUGCUUGGCUUCGUCAGCAGUAGCCGCGGCUCUCCCUGCCUCUGCACCCAAGACUUGCAAGAACCCCAUUGUACGAAAAGAAUGGAAGCAACUCUCUAUCCCCCAGAAGAGAGCGUAUAUUGAUGCUGUGCUCUGCCUAGCAUCAAAGCCAGCCAUCUCUGGCAUCGAGGGAGCCAUAAACCGUUUCGACGACUUCCAAGCCGUGCACAGCAGCCAGACACCCGACAUCCACUGGGUCGGUCACUUCACCCUCUGGCACCGCUAUUUCAUCUAUACCUAUGAAAAGGCUCUUAGGGAAGAGUGCGGUUACACUGGUGCUCAACCCUACUGGAACUGGUCUCUGGAUGCUGAACCUCAAAAUCCCACCUCAACACGUAUCUUUGACUCUGAGAUCUGGCAAGCAGACACUGGAUUCGGUGGCAACGGCAACAAGGUUGAGCCCACUAAUGAGACAAACCCCUUCGGUAUCGUUGGCGGAACAGGAGGCGGCUGCGUACAAAAUGGACCUUUCACAGCGGACAAGUUCUCAGUCAACUUCCCCACUCCCCACUGUCUCAAGCGCGAUUUCGUCCCUACUCUGAUCAACGUCUGGGCGGACCAGAAGCUCGUCAACAACGUCCUCGCCCAGAAGGACUACACUGGCUUUGCCAGGGCUGUUGAAGGCGAGGCCAGCUUCGCCGUUCCUAACAUCCACGGAAGCGGUCACUUCGGUGUCGGAGGUGCUCUCGGACAGGCUGGUGAUGCGAACAAUAGCCCCGGUGAGCCGGUAUUCUACCUCCACCAUGGCAACAUCGACCACAUCUUCUGGAUGUGGCAACAGAAGGAUCUCAAAACCCGCCUGCACCAGGUCGGUGGCCCGAUCAUUCCUUUCGACUACAGUGGUAAAAAUGUCACCCUUGACUUUGAAGUUGGCCUUGGUAAGCUUGCGCCUACUGUUCAGCUCAAGGAUUUGUUGGAUACUCAGGGAAGCACCCUGUGCUACACCUACUAG